GAGUGUGUCAUCCGAUGCCAUGUGUGCCACUCUGUCAGCGAAGACCCCAAUUGGAUGACAGAACGGAUCCGCAAACCUGUCAUGUCUUGAGGCGAUGCCUCUCAACAGCGAUGUAAACUCAGGUGAACUCAAAUGACCCGCAAAUUCACUCUUUUUUCGGUUUCAAUCAUAACUUUCGCCAAACAAUUGCCCAAAAAAGCGGACGUUUUGUUUGGAUUCACCGCUCAUUGGGUUUGCCUUUUGUUGACAACUGAAACCCAAGUCAUGAAAAACAUCACAUUCGCGGAUCAGAUGCCCGGCAGUGAUGGACAACAGCCUCGACCGGUGGACACGUCGGCCCACCGCUACCCCUACUGUGUUGUGUGGACUCCCAUACCAUUGAUCACAUGGUUAGUGCCAUUGAUAGGACAUAUGGGCAUAUGUCUGGCCAAUGGUGUGGUCCGAGACUUCGCCGGACCUUAUUAUGUCUCGCAGGACGAGAUGGCCUUCGGGUGGCCCACGAAGUACUGGCAAUUGGAUCCACGACUUGUCACCAUUGGUCAGAGUUGGGACGAUAGCGUCAAACAGGCUUCCGAUGAAUACAUGCAUCGAAUGCACCACUUAUGCUGUGAUAAUUGUCAUUCACACGUCUCGAUGGCACUCAAUCUGAUGAGAUAUAACGGCAAAAGCAAUUACAAUAUGGUCUCCACAUUCUUCCUCUUCACCAUUCACUCCAAAUACAUCAGCUUCUGGUCGUUCUUGAAGACAUGGAUCCCUUUCAUUGUAUUGAUUUCAGUCAUCAUUGGAUUAGUUAUUUAUUUUAAAUGAAUUUAAUACUUAUUUUUUAAAACUAUUUAUAAAAUUUUUAUUUAUAAAUAAAAUGAGUGUUAAAC